AUGUUUACAAGAGAAUCAAAUGACUACGAUGGAAUUGGAGUUGAAGAUAGAGGGGAGAACGACCAGUUGGGCGCUUAUCAUGAGUUUACAGAAAACAUUACUCGGGCUGAUGAGGGUAGAUAUCAAGUCAAAGUACCAUGGAUUCCAGGACAGUCUCUACCAAAUAGCAAUCUAGAACCAAGUGGAAAACGAUUAGCUAACGUGUGCAAAAAGAUCGAGCGAGAUGAGAAGUUAAAGAACAGUUAUGAUGAAAUAAUCGAGAAGCAAUUAGAGUCGGGUAUCAUGGAAGGUGCACCAGUGAAACCGAAUGGUGAACGCACUUGCCUGCAAUUUCCUUGAUUUUAAUUUGAUGACCGCCAGUUAAAUGUUGAUCAUAAGCGCAUUAAAAUCCUUAGAAACCUCCGUCAGAAAUACGCCAUCUUAAGCCCCGUCAAAGGCAGUGGAGUCGUUUUACUCAAGAAAUACGAUUAUCAAUCAUGCACGACCGGACUUUUCGCUGAUAAAACCAAAUUUACCAAACUUAAAUCAGAUCCAACCCUCACUCAACUAACAACCCUCCAAACUUACCUAAGAACUAUUUAUAAUCGUGGAGAAAUUACAGGUUAGAAAUUACUCUGAAGUACAACCUCAAUCUACUCAGCCAGCCCGAGCUCAUGGCCUUCCUAAAACCCAUGAAGACUUUGAUACUUUACCACCAUUCCGUCCCAUCAUUGGUACCGGUACUGCGUAUCAACCGAUUGCCAAGUACCGAAGAGUCCUCAAUCCUCUAACCAUGAAUGCCCACACCUUAAAAGACAGUUUUGAAGCUGUUUCUCGAAUCCAGAACAUACCAGAAAACCCAACCUCGUUCCCAGGCGAGGUUGCAGAAAACCUUUUCAGAGACGGUUACAGAUUUGUUUCGUUUGACGUUAAGUCCCUAUUGGGCCUAUUCACUAAUGUCCACCUUAAGAAAACCAUCGAAAGUUAUCAAAUUUCACGCCCACUAUGCUGGCUGUACGCUAUAGUCCUCGCAAAACCGUCUGAUAUCCCAAUCAUUCUACAAGCCUUCAACUCAUUUUGGCCCUCAAAUACAGUUUACAUUCGAAGAUUUCCCUGACAACAACGUACACUUUCUUGACCUAAAGAUUAAAGGCCAUGUUACACGGUGCAAUUUUUCUUGCAACUUGCAAUGCAAUUCUACUCUUGAGAGAUGUUAAUUAGUGAAAUCAGUGAAGAAUUUUCGAUAUGUUGAGAAAACAUCGGCGGAGUGUAAUGAAGACUCGUAUUUGGCAAUUUUACAUUUCUCAAGAGUAAAAUUGCAUUGCAAGUUGCAAGAAAAAUUGCACCGUGUAACAUGGCCUUAACUCCUCGGACAUAACUAUUUCUAAAUAUUUAAGUCCACACACACCGGUCAAUACACGCAGUCUAGUUUCACGCCUUGGUCGCGCAAAACAGCAUGGAUAAGAGCCCUAAUCAACAUACAAGAUAUGUAACAAUGAUCAACUAUUGAAGUUAGAACUCAAGACUUUACGGGAUUUCAUGUCCUGGAACGGUUUCUCUCGCAACCUGACAAAGAAAAUAAUUAAUGCAUGCCUUUACACCAAACCCGGAAAGAAGCAAUAAUAUCCCACACGUUGACCUUACAUAACACACAACACCUGAUAAUCUACCCAAAAUAUGGAUAAGACUUCCCAUUUAUUGGCAAAUAUGGCAAUAUUUUGACCAAAAAGUUUAUCAACAAAACUCGCCGUUUACUAAAGAGUCCGUGUAAAUUUAUUAAGUUUAAAUCGGCAAACCACGAAAUCCAAUUGUUUCCUGUCCUGCAAAGACAAGACACCAGAUGAAUACAAAAGCCCCGUUGUAUAUGAAUUUUCAUGUCCGGGUUGUCGAAGCACCUACUCAGCAUAGGUAAAACAGGCCGCUGUCUACAUAUAUACGUCUUAAAGAGAAUAGCACGCGAUCGAGGAAACUCGGAAAUCAACGCCCACAUCAACUGUUGCGAACAUUUUCAACACAUCAAAUCCCUUAUAAAAUUUUUUAGAACCACUGAGUAUUUUAAAAUAAAAUACAAAACAAGUGAAACUCCAAAAAUCGAUAACAUUUUUAUUUAUCUACGUUUCGACUAUAUUUCAGUCAUCAUCAGGAUAAACUAGCUAGGUUAUAUAUCAAAAGUGGUAUUUAUAUGAAGAAAUAUGAUACAACAAUUAUCAAUGAAUUAAUUAAAUAUGAUUAGUUCUUUAGAAGCUUUAAGUCCAUGAAAAACCUGAAAAAAACCUGAACUUAAUCCUGGACUUAAAGCUUCUAAAGAACUAAUUAUAUUUAAUUAAUUCAUUAAUAAUCAACCUAAUUAUUGUAUCAUAUUUCUUCAUAUAAAUACCGCUUUUGAUAUAUAACCUAGCUAGUUUAUCCUGAUGAUGACUGAAAUAUAGUCGAAACGUAGAUAAAUAAAAAUGUUAUCGAUUUUUGGAGUUUCACUUGCUUUAUAUUUUAUUAAAAUCCCUUAUGGAACUUUCACCUGACUCAACUAACCCUAUAAACACUAAUUUAACUGAACUAAUAUUUAGAAAUUGUAAAAUAAUUGAUAGGUCAGACCACUGGUCUCUGUUGUUAUUUAAGGAGUCUCUUGCUAUACGCAGAACACAUGAUCUCAACCACGCCGGUGCGAAAGCUUCCAAGUAACUUCUCAUAUUUCAUUGACAUUAAGCUCCGCCUUUGUUGGCUUUAAAAUAGCUGCAUUUGUACAGUUUUACACUAUUAUUAAUCCUGAGGAUGACUACAACCUAGUCGGAACGUCGAUUAAAAAUCUUAAUAUUUUCUUAAAGACCAUGUAAAGUCCGUUCUGCGCAUACGUUCUGCGCAGGCUUACAUUCCAAUGGUUGGGACCCGACCGUUGGAAUGUAUUAAUAUUUCGUAUCUUUUGAACUUUCUUGAAUUGAAUCUCUAGUCUGUAGUAUUCAUUUACAAGUAGCGAACCAGAAGAGUGUUAAAAAUUCAGUAUAAUAUAUAUCUAAUAUUUCAUAUUUUACAACUGUAGCACUGAGUUCAAAAUGUAAACAAAGCGUUUGUUUACAUUACGGCUUUACAUGGUCUUUAAAAUACUGAGUAGUUCCCGUAAUUAUAUGGCAUAAAAUGUUACUAAUUAGUCAUCCAGGCAAACAAACACGAGCACAAUGCUACUGAGGAGCUAUAA